CGGUAACAACCUAACCUAACUUGCGAAUUGACCCUCCACAGACCCCGGAAUGGCGGGAGGCUCAUGCACCGCCAGUAAAACCCUAAUAAAGCAAUCGAAGCCUGCAACUUCAAUCGCAUUCGAAGAAACUUAAUCCGUCUCUGGUCCUACAAUGGCGUCUGCCUGCAGAUUCAUCAGCAGAACGUCUCUUUCGCCCUUGAAAUCCGCCGUUAAACCAAAUGUUCGAACACUAUCGCCCGGAACUUCCGCAACAGCGCCAGCUUCAAGAGUCCCUUUCUCAAGCAGAUCCAACUUUACACUUCCUAAUCUUCGGUUCUCCUUGUUGAGCAGAUCUCCGGCGGAACUUGGAUGCGUGCAGUCUUUGUUGCCUCUCCACAGCGCCGUCGCCGUUGCGAAGCUUACAUCAUGUCUGAGCACGAACUCAAGGAGUUGCCGCGCUCUCUCACAGGGUACCCUCUGCCGUACCUAUCCCGGACUCUAAUGUUUUUUUGUUUUU